UUUAGUAGUGGACCAGCGGCUGCUCUACAGACAUGCGUCAGAGUAUAAACACUGCACGGUCUGUUCGAUUACCAGCAAACCUGCUAUUUAUGGAUAUUUAGGCAGAAGAUUUUUUGUGCACAUCAAACGGAAACCAUGAGCACCGUGUUGUGCUGUGUUUUGGUGUUAUUAAUCUCUGUGGCUCUUUGCAUGGACUUUGAAGAGAGACCCAGCAGCUCCUGGAGGAGUGAGCAAACCAUGUUUCUAAAGAGUCACAAAUCACGAAAUCUGCUCAGUCUGAGAGAUUUACAGCAGCAGGACCAUGGCAAGAUGAAAAGAAGUGAAGAAUCCGCACAGAAUCAAUGUGAAUCAUUGCACGGCUAUCAAUCUACAUUACAAAACGACACUCACACGCAUAACUUCAAUGACCUGAGUGGUUCGGUGUCUCUGGCCUGGGUUGGAGAUGGAACAGGGGUCCUGCUGGUUUUGACCACAUUCCAGGUCCCUCUUUUCAUCAUGCGCUUUGGUCAGUCCAAACUCUACAGAAGUGAAGACUAUGGAAAGACAUUUCAGGACAUCACCGAACUCAUUAACAACACCUUCAUACAGACAGAGUUCGGCAUCGCAAUCGGGCCCGACAAUUCCGGCAAGGUGAUCCUCACAGGUGAUUUGGCUGAGGGGAAAGUCACCAAAAUCUUCCGCUCGGUUGAUUUCGGCAAAAGCUUUGUGACUUCUGAGCUUCCCUUCCAUCCGUUAAUGCAGAUAACAUACAAUCCCAAAGACAGCAACAUACUCAUGGUCUACAGCAUCAAUUAUGACUUAUGGCUGUCAAAGGACUUCGGAGCCAGCUGGAAGAAGAUCCAUGAGACCGUUUGUCUAGUGAAAUGGGGAAUUGAUGACACAAUUUUCCUAACCACAAACCCCAAUGGAUCCUGCAGUGAACGGGGAACACUGGAAUUGAGGAAAUCAUUAGACUAUGGCAGAACAUUCAAAACAAUAGGAAACAGGAUUUAUUCUUUCGGCCUGGGUGGACGCUUUGUGUUUGCAUCCAUCAUGACAGAUUCAGGAUCCACACGGAUGAUUCAUGUGUCUGUGGAUCGGGGGGACACGUGGGAUAUGGCUCAGCUUCCCACUGUUGGCCAUGAACAAUUCUACUCCAUUUUAGCUGCAAACAAUGAUAUGGUCUUCAUGCAUGUAGACGAGCCUGGAGACUCUGGCAUUGGUACCAUAUACGUAUCAGAUGACCGAGGUAUAGUGUUUUCCAAGUCUCUGGAGCGUCAUUUGUAUACUACUACAGGCGGCGACACCGACUUCACCAACAUCACCUCUCUGAGAGGCGUCUAUAUUACCAGCGUCCUCGCCGAGGACGGCUCAGUGCAGACGGUCAUCACAUUUAAUCAGGGAGGAGAAUGGAGGCCUCUGAUGAAGCCCUGGAAUGGAGUGUGUGACUCCACCGCCAAACAUCCCAGUGAGUGUAGUCUACAUAUUCACGCCUCCUACAGCAUCUCUAUGAAACUGAAUGUGCCCAUGCAGCCUCUCUCAGAGACCAACGCCGUGGGACUCGUCCUGGCACACGGCAGUGUCGGAGGUGCCGUCUCUGUGCUUUCUCCAGACGUGUACGUGUCCGAUGACGGAGGCUACACUUGGUUCCAGGCACUGAAAGGCCCCCAUCACUACGCCGUCCUGGAUUCAGGAGGACUGCUGGUGGCGGUGGAGCACAACCCCACACACCCUAUAUCACAGAUCAAAUUUUCCACUGACGAAGGCCAGUGUUGGCAUGUGCAUAACUUCACUGAUGAUCCAAUAUACUUCACUGGCCUGGCAUCAGAACCUGGUGCCCGAUCCAUGAAUGUCAGCCUGUGGGGCUACAGGGACACCAUCACGAACCAGUACUGGGUUUCUGUCACUAUCGACUUCAGGCAGCUGCUCUCUAGAGACUGCCAGGAGAAUGACUACAUCCAGUGGCUCGCUCACUCAAGUGAUAUCAACAGCCCCACGGAUGGAUGCGUGCUGGGAUACAAGGAAAGGUUUUUACGCUUGCGAAGGGAUUCGGUGUGCUGGAAUGGACGGGAUUAUAUGGUCACCAAGGAGCCCACCACAUGUCCCUGCACCCUGACGGACUUUCAGUGUGAUUUUGGGUUCUACCAUGAGAAAAACAGCUCAGUGUGUGUGGAGCAGCCUGACCUUAUUGGCCAUUCACUGGAGUUCUGUCUGCACGGACGCAAAGAGCAGCUUCAAACCAGCGGUUACCGGAAAAUUCCCGGUGAUCACUGUGAGGGAGGAAUGACUCCAGAACGGAAGGAGAUCGACCUGAGUAAGAAAUGUGUCAGUAAUCUGCUGAGGACAGAGCAAUUGACAGAGGAGCAUUCAUUCAAUUCAGCUCCGAUAAUCGCUGUGGUCAUCAUUGUUCUGUUGAUCAGUGCCGUCGCUGGGGUUAUUUUCAUCAAAAAAUACGUCUGUGGAGGAAGAUUCCUGGUGCACAGAUACUCAGUAUUACAGCAGCAUGCAGAAGCAAACGGUAUCGAUGGUUUGGAUGACCUGGAAACACUGGAGGGUGGCAAAACGCACUAUCAUGAUGAUUCAGAUGAGGACCUUCUGGAGUGACACAUGGAUCAUCAUAAGACUGUAUCAAACGAGAAUAAACCACAAUGCCUACCCUUUCCAUGAUGUGUGUGUAUUUACAAUUACAAUUCGACACACACUCUUCAGCCCAGUCCAGCUGAGGACAAUUUUUCAGCAAUUCAGGCAAGAUUUGGCUACAAGGACAGGAAUGAAACGCAUAUUCCCAAAACAGAUUGCUGAUCCACUGCUGGAAGAAUCUUGUUAUAUUAUUUCACACUAUAUAUUUUUAUUUGAGAUGCACAAACUGAUUUUGUUGCUGUGUAUUUCACAUUUAUGAGCUGACACGUAAAAUGAAGACACGUGGCUGAAAAGUAUUGCCUUAAAGGUGUAGUUCAUCCAAAAAUGAAAAUUCUGUCUUCAUUUACUCAUCCUCCACUUGUUCCAAAAAACCUCCACUUGUUGUUGAGUUUCUUUCAAAUAGAUAUCUUCAAAAAGGAUGGAAACUGGUAGACACUGACUCCCAUAGUAUUUGUUUUUCCUACUAUGGAUGUCAAUGGUUACAUGUUUCCAACAUUCUUCAAAAUAUCUUCUGUGGUGUUCAACAGAAUUAAUAAAUCUCAUAAAGAUUCUUUCAUAUAGAUAUUUUCAAGAAGGGUGGAAACCAGAAGACACUGACUGCCAUAGUAUUUGUUUUUCCUAUUAUGGAUGUCAAUGGUUACUGGUUUCCAUCAUUCUUCAAAAUAUCUUCUUUUGUGUUCAACAGAAAAAAUGAAUCCCAUAAAGAUUCUUUUAUAAAGAUAUUUUCAAAAGGUGCAAACCAGAAAAUACAAACUCCCAUAGUAUUUGUUUUUCCUACUAUGGAUGUCAAUGAUUACAUGUUUCCAACAUUCUUCAAAAUAUCUUCUUUGGUGUUCAACAGAAUUAAUAAAUCUCAUAAAGAUUCUUUCAUAUAGAUAUUUUCAAGAAGGGUGGAAACCAGAAGACACUGACUCCCAUAGUAUUUGUCUUUCCUACUAUGCAUGUCAAUGGUUACCAGUUUCCAACGUUUUUCAAAAUAUCUUCUUUAGUGUUCAACAGAAGAAACUAAUCCCAUAUGGUUCUUUCAUAAAGAUAUUUUCAAGAAGGAUGGAAACUGGUAGACACUGACUCCUAUAGUAUUUGUUUUUCCUACUAUGGAUGUCAAUGGUUACCUGUUUCCAACAUUAUUCAAAAUAUCUUCUUUGGUGUUCAACAGAAUUAAUAAAUCUCAUAAAGAUUCUUUCAUACAGAUAUUUUCAAGAAGGGGGGAAACCAGAAGACACUGACUCCCAUAGUAUUUGUUUUUUCCUACUAUGGAUGUCAAUGGUUACAUGUUUCCAACAUUCUUCAAAAUAUCUUCUUUGGUGUUCAACAGAAUUAAUAAAUCUCAUAAAGAUUCUUUCAUAUAGAUAUUUUUUAAUAAGGGUGAAAACCAGAAGACACUGACUCCCAUAGUAUUUGUUUUUCCUACUAUGCAUGUCAAUGGUUACCAGUUUCCAACGUUUUUCAAAAUAUCUUCUUUAGUGUUCAACAGAAGAAACUAAUCCCAUAUGGUUCUUUCAUAAAGAUAUUUUCAAGAAGGAUGGAAACUGGUAGACACUGACUCCUAUAGUAUUUGUUUUUCCUACUAUGGAUGUCAAUGGUUACCUGUUUCCAACAUUAUUCAAAAUAUCUUCUUUGGUGUUCAACAGAAUUAAUAAAUCUCAUAAAGAUUCUUUCAUACAGAUAUUUUCAAGAAGGGGGGAAACCAGAAGACACUGACUCCCAUAGUAUUUGUUUUUUCCUACUAUGGAUGUCAAUGGUUACAUGUUUCCAACAUUCUUCAAAAUAUCUUCUUUGGUGUUCAACAGAAUUAAUAAAUCUCAUAAAGAUUCUUUCAUAUAGAUAUUUUUUAAUAAGGGUGAAAACCAGAAGACACUGACUCCCAUAGUAUUUGUUUUUCCUACUAUGCAUGUCAAUGGUUACCAGUUUCCAACGUUUUUCAAAAUAUCUUCUUUUGUGCUCAACAGAAGAAACUAAUCGCAUAUGGUUGUUUCAUAAAGAUAUUUUCAAGAAGGAGGGAAACUGGUAGACACUGACUCCCAUAGUAUUUGUUUUUCCUACUAUGGAUGUCAAUGGUUACCAGUUUCCAACAUUCUCCAAAAUAUCUUCUUUUGUAUUAAACAAAAAAAAAACUAAUCCCAUAAAGAUCAGAAACCUCUUGAGAGUGAGUAAAUCAUGAGUAAAUGCUCAUUUUUGGGUGAACUAUCCCUUUAACUACAGUAUGUUGUGUUUUGAAUGCCAUCCUAAUUGAAGUAUUAUUUAGAAGAAGAAAAAAGUGAGUGGUUAAAAUUGAUUCAAGUGCUUAUUGUUUCAUGCAUCAGGUAUGUAAACUUCACCAAAGGAUUUCUUUACUUAAUUUAGCAUUUUAGGAAACUGGGUUGAAGUCUGCUUUUUGAUAUCAACUGUACCAAUAGUAGCCUUCACAGAGCAAAUCCAGAUGAAAGUUUAAUUUUUAAAGGGAAUAUUUAACAUUCCCUGGACGCUUCUUCAUUUAUUUGUUUCUAGGCUUCUACUAACAUCCGAAACGGUUUGUGUUUUUGAGAAAAUAAUUGAGCUAAAUUUUAAUCAUUUCUUAAAUCAGUUCUCACUUUGUUUUCUGUUUGCUUGGACACUAUGCACUUGGCAUAUCUUUUAUGCACAAAUAAUUCUUCUAUUUCAGUAUUACCGAAGCUGUUUUCUAUUUGGUACAUAGUCUCGUGAUGCAAAAAAAGACUGGAGAAAUGGCACAUUGCGUGGUUUUCAAUCAUCUUAAUAAUAUGUCGCACCUUACAUUGGAGAAUAAAUGAGUGAAUUACCUAUAACAGCAGUGCGGGGUCAGUCUAAAACGUCAUUACCAAUAAUUGUAUAUUCAGUAAUGACAAAAUGUUAACGAUGACAUUAAAUGUGUUCAGAACAGCAACUCAUCCUUCAUCAGGAUGUCGAUAGUGUUGCACAUCUCUAAAUAUCAGCCUAAUCAAAUAUGAAAGUGUAUAUUUUUGGACUAUUGACUGGCGAUUCAUAAAUAAGCUAAUGUGUAGUCAGUAAGCUGAUUCGAGUGCAUUUUCUUUCUUUUUUUUGCACAGAUAAUAAAUAGAUACCUCAGGGGUUAUAGUUGACAGUGGACCACACAUUUCAUUGAUGGGUUUGCAUGUUGAAAGAAGGGUCCUCGAGUUUCAGAUGGACUUUCUGAAGUCAAAGUAUAAAUGCUGUACCAUUAAAUGUGACUGCCAAGAAUAAUAAUAAAAAACAAUCUUCUUGAA